GGAAUAAAGGUGAGCCAAUCCGACCUCGUGUUCCUUUCGUCUCACACCUUCUCCCUUCCCAUUCCAGUCGUACAAGAGGCGGGCAUUCAUAAACUGUCCUGUACCAUGCCGACCCACGUCCUCUCCCACAGUCCACUGACUUCCCUUCCCGAAGGCCUCUCUUUCACACCUGACCAGCGGGCCUCCAAGAACCUCACUGGCCUACUACCACACGUCAUGGAGGGUCUUGACCGGCAGUGCGAGCGUGCCUUGAAGAUGAUCCGGUCGCGCCAGACCAACAUCGACAAGUAUCUGUAUCUGUCGCACAUCAAGGGCCAGAAUGUAGAUCUCUUCUACCGCCUGCUCAUCGACCACGCAAAGGAGAUGAUGCCAUUGGUUUACACGCCCACCAUUGGAGAUGUGUGCCUGCAAUACUCAACCCUGUACACCCGUCCGGAGGCGUUGUACAUCUCCAUCAAGCAGAGAAAGUCGAUGAAGACCAUUCUCAGGAAUUGGCCUUACCCCAACCCCGAGAUCUGUGUUGUGACGGACGGAUCUAGAAUUCUUGGCCUGGGUGAUCUGGGUGUCAAUGGCGUUGGGAUUCCCAUCGGCAAACUUGCCUUGUACACCGCAGCUGCCGGCAUCCACCCCGAGAAGACCCUUCCUAUUGUCCUUGAUUGUGGAACUGCCAACGAAACAAACCUGAAGGAUCCCCUGUAUCUUGGACUCCGCUCCAAGCGUAUUCCAGUUGCCGAGCAGCAAUCCUUCAUGGACGAGUUCAUGGCGGCGGCUGAGGAAGUCUAUCCUGAGAUGGUUGUGCAAUUCGAGGACUUUGAGAGCGAGAAGGCCUUCAAUUACCUUGACCGGUACCGCAAUACCUACAAGGUAUUCAACGAUGACAUCCAGGGCACGGGUGCCGUUGUACUUGCCGGGUAUAUUGGCGCUGUCAAUCUCUCUGGCGUGCCCAUUGAGGAACACAGGCUCGUGUUUAUGGGAGCAGGGUCUGCCGGCGUUGGCGUGGCGAAGCAGCUUGUUGAAUACUACACUAAGCGCGGCCUCUCAGAACAAGCCGCCCGAGACAAAUUCUGGCUCGUCGACACCAAGGGCCUGGUGACCCGCGACCGCGGCGACAAGCUCGCCGACCACAAGAAGUACUUCGCGAGGACCGACAACAACGGCCACCAGUUCCGCUCCCUCGAGGAGGUCAUCGCGUAUGUCAAGCCGAGCGCCCUGGUCGGCCUGACGGCGACCUUUGGCGUCUUCACCGAGUCGGUCGUGCGCGCCCUCAAGGCGUCCGUCGACGCCGGCGGGCUCGGACGGAGGCCCAUCCUCUUCCCCCUCAGCAACCCGCUCACCAAGGCCGAAUGCACCUUCGAGCAGGCGGUGCAGUGGACCGAGGGGACCGUCAUCUUCGCCUCGGGCUCGCCCUUCUCGACGCUGAGCGUCAAGAACGCCGACCAGGUCAUCACCUACUACCCCAACCAGGGCAACAACGUGUACGUGUUCCCGGGCAUCGGCCUGGGCGCCAUCCUCGCAAAGGCCAGCCGCAUCACCGACGACAUGAUCUACACGUCGGCGGCCGCGCUGGCGGGCUCCCUCAACGCCGAGGAGAUCCACCGGGGCCUGAUCUACCCCAACAUCGAGCGCGUCCGCGACGCGAACAUCGUCGUCGCGCGCGAGGUCAUGAAGUCGGCCCGCCGCGAGGGCGUCAGCCAGCUGCCCGAGGAGCAGUGGGUCGAGUGGGAGGAGUGGGGAGACGUCGCCUUGACCAAGUUCAUCAAGGAGCGCAUCUAUGACCCCAAGUUGUGAGUUUGCAAAGGGGGAGGGAGGAUUUUGACGUCGCGUGAUACCUGGGACCUAGGCAGGGAAGGAAGGGUAAUUGGGUCGAGACCAAGAAGGCCUCUUCUGGUUUUAGAGGGGCUCUGGCUCCAACCCCGCCGUUAUACCAUAUGAGGACGAGAGGACUACACGUGCGAGGGGAACCGCGGAAACCGCGAGUAGACAAAAAGGAGAAUGGAUAAUGACUUCAUUGGGGGAUUUCUGGGCACUUUUCGGCUAGAUAGAUUCAUUCCGGGCAUCAUGAACGCAGGGGUUACUGGUUUAUCCAGCACGUUCUGCCCGAGUUUAAUUUGGACACUUUCCUUCUCAAGUUAUGCUGUGAUUGAACUGCCUAGAUACUCGAGA